AUGCCUGUACCAGCUCCUCAACUUGGAUCUUAUCAAUACGUACCGGAGACAAAGGAGAAUCUCGAUUGGGCUGAUCUGGCUACUAUCGAUCUCUCUAAGUAUGGCACGCCAGAGGGCAAGAAGGAGCUAGCCCAAGAGCUCCUUGACGCGUUACGCAACAAGGGCUUCUUCUACGUGAAGAACUUCAACAUCUCCCAGGAGCGGGUGGACAGGCAGUUUGCACUUGGGCGCGAGUUCUAUGAACUCCCGCUCGAGGAGAAGCUCAAAUAUGUUCCCGACCUCGACGCUGGUAAGUUCAAUGGAUAUACUCCAGCUGGUCGAUAUGUCAUCAAUCCACAGUCUGGUCUGAAGGAUCAGAUCGAAAUCUGGAACAUGCCAAAGUUCAACGGUCACUUCCCCCAGGCAUACCCUGCGUUGAUCCAGUCCCAUCUCGCCGAAAUCGAGGAGUUUGCACGUUCUCUCCAUAGCGAGGUGCUCGACCCACUGUUUGUCCUGCUCGCUAUCGCCUUGGAGCUUCCCGAGGACUACUUCACCAACCUUCACGUCUACGAGCAGAAGAGCGAGGAUCACCUUCGUUACAUGAAGUAUGGCAAGUAUACUCCGGAGGAGAAUGCCAAGCUCAAUCUCUGGACACCUGGCCACACUGAUCUUGGGAGUUUCACCCUUCUGUUCCGUCAACCCGUUGCCGCGCUGCAGAUCCGCGAUCCCGCUCACAACGAAUGGAAGUGGGUCAAGCCGCAGGACGGCACCUUAACCGUGAACGCCUGCGAUGCGCUCUCCUUCCUCACCGGCGGGUAUGUGCGCAGCACGAUCCACCGCGUGAAUGUACCGCCCAAGGAUCAGCAGCACGUGGAUCGCCUUGGUCUGCUGUACUUCUCACGCCCGCACAACGACGUCACGCUUGCCACUGUCGUCGAGAGCCCGGUGCUCCAGCGGGAAGGGUACACAAAGAACGAGUUCGAGCAAACCGGGAAUCAUGUGCCCACUAUGGAGGAAUGGACCUUUGCCAAGCAGAAGUGGCAACGUCAAAUCAAGCGCUCCGACGACAAGAACCACCGUAAUGCUGUGAUCCUGCCUGGCUUCCAAGAGAAAGUCUACGAGGACGUUUCUGUCGCCGCUUAAUCGAACCUCCUCGAUCUUGGAUAGAAUAAUACUGCCGAAAGUCUGUACUUGUCUUAUUACAAUAAAGGUAUUUAGGAGCGCCCAGCAUCACUGAUAUGCGGUUCGGAGUCGAGCUCGGGAAACUUGAUCUAUCCAAAUAAGCUUACAGCCGAGCCUUCUGGGCCCGCUUGCGCCUUUUCACUCUUCGAUUGUCUAAUCCUUGUCUGCUUCGGC